UCCAAAUUUAACAAUUGCAAGAUUACAUAUUGAUUCCGAUACCAUUUCCAAAUUACCUUACUUCUUAAGUUCAUGUAUAAAUUUAAAAUAUUUAAAAAUUUUAGGACCGAGAAAUCAAGAAACUAACGUAAAUAAUAUUUUUAGAGAAAUCAGUUUAAUUAAAUUGGCAAAUAAUAAUUUGGAAGUAUUGGGGAUUCACGCGUGUUGGACUUUUACUCCGGAAAAUUUAGAAUUAUUCUUGGGAUAUUUUACUCGACUAAAAAAAUUUGAAUUAUUAUGGAGUUCUUGUGUAUGUAAUGAACAUUUUAAAGUAUUAUUAAAUAGAUUUUGGUAUGGUGGCGUUGAUCGUCGUGAUUAUGAUGACGAUGAAAAUGAUUCUUAUCAAAGAAGUUUUAAGAAACGUGAUAAUAGAAAAUAUAAUAAUAGGUUCUGGAAUAAACGUUAUAUCAUAAAUAAUGAAAGUUUUGGAAAGAAUAAUGGAAAAGUUGUAGCAGAAAUAGAAGUGAUAACGAAAUAUAUGGCGGCGGUGGUGGAGGAAAAGAAGUUAAAAGUGGUAAUGGUGGAGGAGGAUUUCGAGGAGGAUAUGUCCUCUCAAAAUAAUACAAUCAUUAUUGAUGCUGAAGAAUUAGAGAAAAGAAAGAAACGUGCCGCAAGAUUUGGAAAUUAUUUGGAUCCAAAUCAAUUGGCAUCAACACAAGAUUGGUUCAUUGAAAAAUCUCAACCAAUUAAUUUAAAAGAUUUAGGAUAUUGGGAUAAAUUAUUUUCUUUAUUUGAUGUGGUGAAAAUUGAAGAAGAUGAUUAUCAAAGACAACUAUCAUUCUUGGAUGAUGAACCUGUUCAGAGAUUACAAGAAUUGA